AUGGGACAAUUCACAUCAUCAUCACAGAACUCUUCGGCUCCUCGAGUGGAAGAAGUCUUACAAUCCGAAUCUCAACUAUUUUAUUAUAGGGAUUUCCAGGCUCAUGCAAAUUGUGCUGAAAAGAUUCGGCAAUUUAAAGCAUUGAACAAAUUGAUUGAUCUCAGAGAACAUGUGGAGUCCGAUGGAUCUGGAAAUGAUCCCUACCAAACUUACCACAAUCGAAAAGUGAAUAAUUUAUCAUCGGAAGAGAAACGAAAGCAUGAGAAAAAGUACAACUCUCUCAAAGAUAUGAUUUUGGAAAAUGCGUGUGUCAUGUGCCAAGUUUUUGCUGGCAGACCUGAAGAAUCACACAAUGAAAGUCAAUUAAGAUCUUGUAUGGGAGAUGAAUUAGUGGAUUGGAGUUUGAUGAGGAGGAGCGACACUCAAAAUAUCAAUAAUGGAAAAGAUACAGAGGAAGAACAAAUUUCAUCGUAUUCAAAUUUACCGUCACUGAGUGUGGACUAUGAUCGAGUGGUUCAUUGUUUUCAUCAAGAUCACACUCUUUCUGAGAUGUUUAACAAAUUAGCUGCUCACAAAAGAAUGUUAACUCAAAAAGGGUCCUUUCAACAAUUAUUUCCCAACAUGGUCGAAGAGUUAAGAAAAAAGAAUGAUGAAACUCAACUGCAAUACAAUAAUACACAGCAUACACCCGAGCUCAACACCAAGUUAUUACACGAAAUUUCACAGAAACAUGCAUCCAAAGAGCUUGCUAUUCUAGACAGUUGUAUCAACAAAUCAGAUGCACAGAUACAUCCAGGAGGUCAUUCCUGUUUGGGAGAAGCUAUAAUCUACGCUCAUGCCCUGACCACACAUUUUUGUAAACGUUCACUCACAAAAUGCUUGGAAAAGAAGGUUCCUUCUUUCAUUAUUGACGGUCUGGAGGACGAUGAAGCGUGGAACCAACUCUCUGUUAUUGACUUUUCACAAUGUCUGACGCCAAAGAAUGACAAUGACGUCGAAUGCUCUCAUUGCUUUGAUCAGGUCAUGGAUUUCAUGACAGAAACAGUUUUGAAGGAAUAA